AUGGAGGAGAACGACAUAGCGCGACGACCCCCAUGUGUUCUCCCGGAAAGGAUUUUCGCCGUCGGAGAAGAACCCGCCGGCGUUAGGGUGACUCCGUAUCACAAGGCAGGCGCAAUCAGACAAAUCAUCGCUGUUCUUGAUCCUGACGAGGUUGAACACAUUAGGGUUUCGCCAUUCGGAAAAUUGCUUGAGAUCGCCGACAAACCUAGUUUUUCCUGGAGGUUUGGCCGAUAUAUUAUAUCCAGACAACUCAAGGUCGCUAAGAAGCACGAGGCGUGGUUCCUCUUCGCUGGAAAACCAAUUAGGUUUUCAAUUCGAAAAUUCGCUCUGGUCACGGGUCUAAACUGCAGAAAAUUCCCGAAAAAAAGCAAAAAGAAAUCGAAGAACUUCAUGACUAAGAAACCAUACUGGGGUGAGCUAUUUGGAUCAUUGAAAGAGGUACCCGUCUCAUCUGUCCUCCGGAUGCUGGAGCAGAAAACGAUUGUUGACAAAGACAUCAGGUUGAAAUACACAUACCUCUCCUUGCUGGCCGCCGUUAUACUCCCGACGACACAUGCACCGCGGAUCUCGAAAGAAUGCGCUGAGAAAAUCAAAGAUCUGGAUGCAAUCUUAGCGUAUCCAUGGGGGAGGGUCUCAUUCGACAUGUUGAUGUCCAGCAUAAAGGAGAGAAAGGAAGUUUCCCUAUCCCAGAACACAAUUGCUCUUAAGGGAUUUGUACUUGCUCUGCAACUUGUCAUCGUCGAAUGUGUACCUGCGCUCACCGAAGUGGUGCAUGAAGGAGGUUCCUCUGGCUCUGACGACGAUGAUACCAAUGAGAGUGACAAACUGGGUAGAAAAGGCAUAAGCCCUGGGCAUGCCCGCGACACAGAUGCUGCAGAGAAGGCAUUAAUUCAGUCUGUCAUGUUAGAUGCGAACGGUGAGACAAACGUUCCACCAGAGUACGAAUGGACAGACGACGAAGACGAUGCUGCCGUCUCUAAUAUGUUGAAUCUGAUAGACCAGCGGUUUGGUUUCAACUCGCACUGCUUUGUGGGUGGGACAACAAAGCAGGAGGUCCACAGGAUGCGGGAAGAGGCAAAAGCAGAAUUGGUUGGCCGCAAGACAGUCAAAACGAAGGCAGGUACCUCCUCUCACAGACUCGACGGCGUAGACAUUGAUCUGUUGGCCUCUAUAGUCUCUGAAAAGAUGAAGGACGACUUCCAGCUCCUACAUGGCGACGUAUCAUCGAUUCAAGAAUCAGCUAAUGCCUUCACGGAGACUAUCCUUGCAAAUAUCAACGAGGUGUUUUGCAGUGUGCAGGAUAGAGUCCACCAAAUCGCAACUCUAUCUGCUGACAUUCGUAACUUAGAGGCGACAGUGUCUGUAUCUCCUCCGCAGAUGGCCAACAAUCAACCCAACGUGGUUCAUGUCGGCACUCAAACAGUCCCAGAUGUCCCUACAAUAAUUUCUGAUGCUAUCAACUUCGCAAACCGAUCAACCCAAUCUGAUGCUGGUGGUAAUUUGAGUGGUAUCACGCCCCAACCAUCUGAUACACAAGUGGACUCGGCUCUUGAUCCUGCUUUGUUGUUUCCAAACCCAACCUUCUCGCUUGGCCUGACGCAGGAGACACGUGUGGAGCGGCCUAAAGAAGCCAAUGUCACCGUCGACGCUGACCACGAAGGGGUUGAUGAAGAUGACGAUGAAGCAUCUGCGGAGGAAGCUCCACCUGCGUGUAGGAAAAGCAAGCGCCAGAAGGUACCAACGAAGUCCCUUAUGGGUGAGAAAGAAUGUGAUAAAGGCUUUUUGCACCGUGCAAGAAAGGCGGUUACAGAUGCGAUCUAUAAGGGAGGUACCAUUGAUUACUCCGCCAAGUUUGCCGCUCUUAUGGACAAGCUGAAGACGCCUUUGGGGAUUAUUACAAGCAACCAGCUUUACGAGGUAGUUGAGAGGGCAACCCAACUGUCGCCUCAGGUCUUGGACGUCCUUAUCUUCCACACAAGUGCAUUGUUUGUGUCGCGAUCAUCUCUGAAGCAAAUCCCCAUUGUUGUUUUUAUGGACACGAAGUUCCUGUCGCACUUCACCAAAUUGUACACUAAGUUCUCAAAGCUGUCAAGAAAAGAUGGCUUCAAGUUCACCCCAGACAUUGUUGACAUGUUUUUGCAGCUCCCGUCUUACGCCGAUGCUGUUCGUUUCUAUUCCCCGUUCUUUGUGGAUAAAAAGUACUGGGUUACCGUUUGUGUAGAUUGCAGUAGCUGGACCGUAACUGUCUUGGACUGCAACACCGCUCUCCGGUCAGACUACAUGAUGACUAAAGACGUAAGGCCAAUAGCUUCCUUGUUUCCAUAUCUUCUGAAGCAGGUUUUGGAUUUCUCCAUGGAAGUCGGACCUGGCAUUCCUCGGAGGUGUCCGUGUGGAGCUGCGACAGUGGUACUUACAUCGAAGACGAAGGAGAACCCUGGCCGGCGGUUCUACAGAUGCGAGGUAGUUUUUGGGGAGAAUCACGUGUUCAAGUGGGCCGACAAAGCCUUGCUGGAGGAGAUAGAAUCACUGGCGGUUAAGCAUUCGGUAGUGGAGAAUGAACUGGUUGAAAUCAAGGAACAACUUGUAGAUAUUAAAAAAGAUAUUACGGAGAUUGUUUAA